UUGAGAAGUGUAUAUCAUGCAAAAUAAUUGGAAAGGAGUUCUGCUUUCAGCAUUAAUCACAAAGUAAAAGUAGAGAUCGCAGUUGAAAAUGUUUUUUCUGGGAGGCCUGCAUCUUAGCCAUAAGGGUCACUUAAGACAUGAUUCAACAAUGCACGAUGUGUUUCUGUUUGGACUUGUUUUAAGUCUUAUGACAAUGGCAAUGGCAAUGGCAAGUGCUGACUCAGAAGAAUGGAAAGGAAAAGGAUCAACAAGAAAUCUGAAAGAAAUAAUGAUGGGAAGAUGUUUUGACUACCUUCAGAAUAUAAAUCCCAGUGUAGGGAAGAAAGACUGUCCAAAGAUUUGGGAAAAUUUUCUGAAUGCAUUUAGUGGCAAAGACCCAUGUAAUAUCAAAAUGGAAGAUUAUGAACCAUUUUUGAAACUGGCAGAUCAUAACAUCCCAGUCAAUCAGUCAAUCUUCUGGAGCCGGACAAAAGAACUUACUCUAAAAUACACCAAAAUCACAGAGAAGCUCAUGCCUCUUGAGAGCAGCUUGACCGGUUAUUUGGCAGAUGGCUUGAACUGGUGUGGGAGAGAUUCCAACCCAGGACCAGAUUACGAAUCGUGCCCUGAAUAUAAUGAUUGUGAAAAUAAUCCAAUGCGUUCAUUUUGGAGAGCCGCCUCUCAGAACUAUGCAGCGAAGGCCCACGGAAGAGUGUCGGUGAUGUUGAACGGAUCCGCAAAUGUUGACACUUUCAGGGAAAACAGUAUUUUUGGUGAAAUAGAACUCGCACAGCUGGACAAGAAGAAGGUUACCUCUGUCCACCUCUGGAUCAUGGAUAAUAUUGAUGGGCCCGAUAAGGAGUCGUGUGGUAUCGCCAGUGUUGCUGAAUUAGAAUCUAUUCUCAAGAAGAAAAAUCUAAAGUUCACUUGCUUGGAUAAUUAUAGGCCUAUUCAAAUGCUCCAGUGUGUUACCAACCCAGACAAUCCAUCCUGCAAUUUAGAAGCACUCCAGAAGUGUAAUGUGUGAUUGAAAAAAGCUUCAUGUGAAACUUCUAAAGCUACUCACGUCUACAGGACAAAACUAUGAUGAAUAUCUCUAUGUAACUGUGAAUUGUGAUGAUCCCAUUUUAAGGUGAUUUUAAUUUGAUGUGAUUUUUGUUUUUGAAGAGAUAUGUGCGUUUAAAAUAAUGGGAAGAAACAUCUAGCAGUUACUAUAAUAAACUGACAUACCUCCAA